AUGCAGUUAUCAUGGAAAGAUAUACCGCCGGUGCCAACAUCCAACGAUAUGUUGGAUAUAAUAUUGAACCGUACUCAAAGAAAAACCCCCACCGUCAUUAGACCAGGGUUUAAAAUCACUCGUAUUCGUGCUUUUUACAUGAGAAAAGUCAAAUUCACGGCUGAAGGUUUUGUUGAGAAAUUUAAUGAUUUAUUAAGUGGAUUUCCUAAUAUCAAUGAUGUUCAUCCUUUCCAUCGUGAUUUAAUGGAUACAUUGUAUGAAAAAAAUCAUUAUAAAGUCUCCUUAGCCGCUGUAUCCAAAGCCAAGACUUUAAUUGAACAAGUGAGUAGAGACUAUGUACGUCUUUUGAAGUUUGGUCAAUCAUUGUAUCAAUGUAAACAGUUGAAAAGAGCUGCUUUGGGUCGUAUGGCUACUUUAACUAAAAAAUUGAAAGAUCCAUUUAUCUAUUUGGAACAAGUUAGACAACAUUUGGGCAGAUUACCUAGCAUUGAUCCAAACACCCGUACAUUGUUGAUUUGUGGAUACCCAAAUGUUGGUAAAUCGUCAUUUUUGAGAUGUAUCACCAAAGCAGAUGUUGAAGUUCAGCCAUAUGCAUUCACCACAAAGUCAUUAUAUGUGGGUCAUUUCGAUUACAAAUAUCUUAGAUUCCAAGCAAUUGAUACCCCAGGUAUUUUGGAUCGUCCAACUGAAGAGAUGAACAAUAUUGAAAUGCAAAGUAUAUACGCAAUUGCCCAUUUAAGAUCAUGUGUGUUGUACUUUAUGGAUUUGAGUGAACAGUGUGGUUUUUCAAUCGAGGCUCAAGUCAAAUUAUUCCAUUCGAUUAAACCAUUGUUUGCUAACAAAUCAGUCAUGGUUGUUAUGAACAAGUCAGAUAUUAUCAAAGUUGAAGAUUUAGAUGCUGAAAAACAAGAAAUGUUGGACACUUUGAAAUCUGUUCCUGGAGUUGAGAUUAUGCAUACUUCAUGUUACGAAGAAGAAAAUGUCAUGCAAGUACGUAACCACGCAUGUGAAAAGCUAUUGACUGCUAGAAUUGAACAGAAGUUAAAGGGAACCGCUAGAGUCAACAAUGUUUUGAAUAAAAUUCAUGUUGCUCAACCACAACAAAGAGAUGAUAUUGAAAGGUUGCCGUAUAUACCAGAAGGAGCUAAGGAAAUGCUCAAAUAUGAUCCAAAUGAUCCAAAUAGGAGAAAAUUGGCUAGAGAUUAUGAAGCUGAGAAUGGUGGUGCAGGUGUUUUCAACAUCAAUUUGAAAGACAAGUAUAUUCUUGACGAUGAAGAAUGGAAACAAGACACCAUGCCUGAAUUAUUGGAUGGUAAAAACGUGUAUGAUUAUUUGGAUCCGGAUAUUGCUGCCAAAUUGCAAGCAUUGGAAGAAGAAGAAGAAAGAUUAGAACAAGAAGGAUUUUACGAUUCUGACGAUGAGACUAAUGAUGCUAAUAUGGAUAUGACGGAAGAGGAAAUACAAGAUAUCAAAGAUAAAGCCCAAUGGAUUAGAAACAAACAAAAGACCAUGAUCAUCGAAGGUAGAAAUAGAAAAUCAUUAAAGAAUAAAGCUAUAAUGCCAAGAGAUCAAAUCAAGAAGUCAUUUGGCGACUUGGAAGAACACAUGUACAACAUCGGUCAUGAUACUGAUAAAUUACGUGAAUCUAUUGGUAAAAAGAGAAGAGCUAAUGAUGAGAGUAAAGCUUCAGGUGUUGACAUCUUAAGACAGAACCAAGGCAUCAAAGCAAGAAAAUUGGCCAAGAAGAAGCAAGCAGCUUCACAAUCGGACAGAUUGAAUGAUGGUGUUAGUGAUGGAGCAAUGAGAUCCCAAGCUGAAAGAUUGGCCAAGAUUCAAAGAAGAGAAAGAAAUAGAAUGGCAAGACAAGGUGAAGGUGAUAGACAUUCAACUGCUGCUUUGCCUAAACAUUUGUUUAGUGGUAAGAGAGGUAUUGGAUCUAGUGAUCGUCGUUAG